AUGACUACUACUGAUUCAAAUCGAUCUAUUAAAUUAAUUAUUCAAAUAUUCCUAUUAUAUGUAACAAUUCUAUUACCAUCUACACAAGCUCUUUAUUGUUUGGUUAUUAAACCUGGACGUGGUUUAAUCAGUGAACGUUGUUCACAUCUUUCGGUAGCAUGUCGAGUACGAGUGGAAAAUGAUGCUAUUGUAUGGUACACUUCAAAAUUAUAUGAUCGUAAUCAGUUAGCAUGCGUGAUGCGAAAUGAAUAUGGCACGCUUGAUCGAUCAGGUUGUAUCAAGAAAUCAUCCGGUGGUGUUCGAUGUUGGUGUUAUGGUCAAAGUAAUUGUAACAAUCCGCAAAAUAUGAUCAAAUUAUAUGAUGCAUUUAAAACGGGUGAUUCAAUGUUACUUGAUGAAGUUAUCGAUGACAUUGAAACAUCAGAUACCAAUGAUUAUGAUGGUGAAUCCGGAAUGGAAAUAACUUCUAUUAAAACCAGUACUGCAAAAUAUGUUACGGAAACAUUACAAAUAUUCAGAAUGGAUAAUCAUAAAGUUGCAACAAAAGAUUACUCUAUGUUAUCGUCAUCCAAUUCAAUGGAAUUUGAUCAAAGUAAUCAAAAUUCUCUAAAACAGCAAAAUUUUGAUCCAAAAAUGCGACAAACAUUGAAAACAACCAAAAUUUCACCAUUAGCUGAUGUUAAAUUAAAUGAAACAAUGGAAUAUUCGGACAUCAAACAUUCACGAAAUCAAAAUGAGAGGAAAAUUCGGCAUAAAGAAACGACCGGAUCAGGCGCUAAAUCAUUGCGCAAAUUAAAAAUAUUACAUGAUACAAUUGCUUUAUUAUUAUUAUUAUCCCUUUCUUUCAUAAUGUUAUAA